AUGUAUGUGAUAAAGAGAGAUGGUCGUCAAGAAUCGGUGCAUUUUGACAAGAUCACUGCUCGAUUGAAGAAACUGAGUUAUGGGCUCAGUUCAGAGCACUGUGAUCCUGUGCUGGUGGCCCAGAAGGUCUGUGCUGGGGUCUACAAAGGUGUCACCACCACCCAACUUGAUGAAUUGGCUGCCGAGACCGCUGCAGCCAUGACCACCCACCACCCUGAUUAUGCCUCAUUAGCUGCUAGAGUUGCUGUUUCCAAUCUGCAUAAGAACACUAUGAAAUCAUUUUCGGAGACGAUCAAAGUCAUGUACUACUUUUGUGAUAAGAAAUCUGGGCAGAAGGCUUCUCUUGUUGCUGAUGAUGUUUAUGAGAUUAUCAUGAAGAAUGCUGCUCGAUUGGACAGUGAAAUCAUAUAUGACAGAGAUUUUGACUAUGACUACUUCGGUUUUAAAACUCUCGAAAGAUCUUAUCUAUUGAAGGUUGAUGGUAAAGUUGUAGAAAGGCCACAGCACAUGUUAAUGAGGGUUUCUGUUGGAAUCCACAAGGAUGACAUUGACUCUGCUAUCAAAACAUACAAUUUGAUGUCUCAACGUUGGUUCACUCAUGCUUCUCCAACACUUUUCAAUGCGGGAACACCACAGCCCCAAUUGAGUAGCUGUUUUCUUGUGUGUAUGAAAGAAGACAGCAUUGAGGGAAUAUAUGAUACUUUGAAGGAGUGUGCUGUUAUCAGCAAAUCAGCAGGAGGAAUUGGUGUUUCUGUGCAUAAUAUCCGUGCAACAGGCAGUUAUAUCCGCGGAACAAAUGGGACUUCUAAUGGCAUUGUCCCAAUGCUUCGAGUUUACAAUGACACAGCCCGUUAUGUUGAUCAAGGAGGUGGCAAGAGGAAGGGUGCUUUUGCCAUAUAUUUGGAACCAUGGCAUGCUGAUAUUUUUGAGUUUCUAGAUCUGAAAAAGAACCAUGGAAAGGAAGAACACCGGGCUCGUGAUCUAUUUUAUGCUCUUUGGGUACCUGACCUCUUUAUGGAAAGAGUCCGAGAUGAUGGGGAAUGGUCCUUGUUUUGCCCUAAUGAGGCUCCCGGACUGGCAGACUGUUGGGGUGAUGAAUUUGAGAUAUUAUACACUCGGUAUGAAAAAGAGGGCAAGGCAAAGAAGGUGGUUUCUGCUAGGAAAAUCUGGUUUGAGAUUCUUAGUUCUCAGAUUGAAACAGGAACUCCUUACAUGCUUUUUAAGGAUUCUUGCAAUAGGAAAAGUAACCAGCAGAACUUGGGCACCAUUAAGUCCUCAAACCUGUGUACAGAGAUUAUUGAGUUUUCAAGUCCAACCGAAACUGCAGUUUGCAAUUUAGCGUCCAUUGCUCUACCACGAUAUGUCAGGGAGAAGGGGGUUCCAAUUGAGUCACAGCCAUCGAAGAUGGUUGGAAGUAGAGAUUCCAAGAACCGGUAUUUUGAUUUUGACAAGUUAGCAGAGGUUACUGCAACAAUUACGGCAAAUCUCAACAAAACAAUUGAUAUAAGCUACUACCCUGUUGAAAAAGCAAAGAGGUCAAAUUUACGACACAGACCGAUAGGUAUUGGAGUUCAGGGUCUUGCUGAUACCUUCAUCUUGCUUGGCUUGGCAUUUGAUUCACCAGAGGCACAGCAGCUAAACAAAGACAUAUUUGAGACCAUAUACUACCAUGCACUGAAAGCUUCUUCUGCAAUGGCUGCAAAGGAUGGUCCAUAUGAGACAUAUCAUGGGAGCCCGGUGAGCAAGGGAAUUCUUCAAGUGGAUAUGUGGGCUGUGAUGCCAUCUGACAGGUGGGACUGGCCCACUUUAAGGGAAAUGAUUUCAAAGAAUGGAGUUAGGAAUUCCCUUCUUGUAGCACCUAUGCCCACUGCUUCGACCAGCCAGAUCCUUGGCAACAACGAGUGUUUUGAGCCUUACACCUCAAACAUUUAUAGUCGUAGAGUUUUGAGCGGUGAAUUUGUGGUGGUGAACAAACACCUCCUUCAUGACUUAUCUGAGACGAGGCUAUGGUCUUCUGCUCUAAAAAACAAGAUUAUUUAUGAGAAUGGCUCAGUUUCGAACAUCCCCGAGAUUCCUGAAGAACUGAAAGCUAUUUACAAGACUGUGUGGGAGAUCAAACAAAAAACACUGGUAGACAUGGCGAUUGACCGUGGGUGCUACAUAGAUCAGAGUCAGAGCUUAAAUAUCCACAUGGAUCAACCUGAUCCUGGGAAGCUGACUUCCUUGCAUUUCUACGCUUGGUCUAAGGGUUUGAAGACAGGGAUGUAUUAUCUGAGGACACGUGCUGCGGCUGAUGCAAUCAAAUUCACUGUUGAUACCUCCUUUCUUAACAAAGAAAAUGCUGUCAGUGUGGACCACGAUGAUGAAGCUGCCAAGGCUCAAGUGGUAUGUUCAUUGCAGAACCGGGAAGAGUGCAUGGCCUGCGGAAGUUAAAGGCCUUUGCCCGAGAAUCUAAUGGAAUGCUUGUUUAGUUAACAAAUCGCCUUGCACAACCUAGCAGAAAAUGAGUAUUGUUGUAGAAGGUUUUAAAACAAGUGCAAGUCUCCUGCAACUUUCUUUAUGUAUCUGUGUCUUUUAAGAACUUCCAUGUUCAUACCAUUCGGCAAAUCUAGUAGUCUCCAUUUUGUACAGAGUUAACGGAGUUUGCAAGAACAUGUAUUGUAUAUAAAAUGGCAUUUGCUUAUAUAUUCUCGGUUGCCUAUGCUUUGCCAA